AUGCCCCAGGGCGACGCGAAGUCCCGGAAAAAUCGCGCGAACGGUGCCGCGGGGCCCUCUGCGCGGCUCCCCGCGAGCGCCCCCGCACAAGAGCCGCCUGCGCAGGACGCCCACGCCGCGGCGCAAGAGGCCGUUUCCGCGCACAUCGCGUCGCUCGGCAAGGUCCUCAGCAGCCUCUCGCGCUGCGAGCAGGACCUGUGGGACAUGGAGACGAAAUACCUCCGAAAAGUGAGCCAGAAGGGCAACGUCAUCCGCGGCUACCAGGGCCUCGUGGACCAGCGCGUCGAGACUCCCCCCCUUGACGACGAGGAUCGGAUCUUCUCCAAGUCCGCCGUGCUGUCCACCUCGACGCUCGCCCGCCGGUGA